AAGCUAGACGUGCAGGUGAUGGAGACUCGCAAGACGAAGCUCGGAGCAGACCAUCCAGACACGCUGACCAGCAUGAACAACCUAGCUUUCACUUGGAAAUCACUCGGCUGGACUGUAAAAGCUAUAUAUCUGAUGCAGCAGUGUGUACAACGGCGUGAACAAGUGCUAGGAGCUAGUUACCCGCACUACUUGUCUUCCCUGCUAAUCCUGGAGCAAUGGGAAGAAGAGCAAGCAGACGUGGAGUUACUUAACAGAUUCAAAGACAUGCGCUUGUAAGUAUCUACGAGUAUAUAUCAU